GCACCGACUCAGGCACCCUCUCCCCUCACCUCCUCCAGCCGCCGCCCGUCCAGCCUGUGCUACUCGCGGUCUCUUCCGCAAUCCAAGCCGUGAGUCCAGACCGGAGUCAGUACGGCCAGUGUCCCCUCCAAUCUCCGAAUCACGUUCAACCAGGCCCCCAAGGCCAGGCCGGACUCGAGCCCCGGGACUCGAGACUGUCGCACGAGCUAGGCAUGUUUUUGGCCCAGAGAAGACUCUGCUAUCUUCACUGUAGAGCAAACUUCCUGAAGACAAUUUAUCCUUCAAAAAUUCUUGGCUUCUCUACAUCUACUAAAAUGUCUUUGAAAUUCAAAAAUGCGAAAAGAAUCGAAGGACUUGAUAGCAAUGUGUGGAUUGAAUUUACCAAGUUGGCUGCAGAUCCUUCUAUUGUGAAUCUUGGCCAAGGCUUUCCAGAUAUAUCCCCUCCUAUAUACGUAAAGGAAGAAUUAUCAAAGAUUGCAGCAAUUGAUAGUCUGAAUCAGUAUACACGGGGCUUUGGUCAUCCAUCACUUGUGAAAGCUCUGUCCUGCCUAUAUGAAAAGGUUUAUCAAAAUAAAAUUGAUCCAAAUAAAGAAAUCCUUGUGACAGUAGGAGCAUAUGGAUCUCUUUUUAGUGCCAUUCAAGGAUUAAUUGAUGAGGGAGAUGAAGUCAUAAUCAUAGAGCCUUUCUAUGACUGCUAUGAGCCCAUGGUGAGAAUGGCUGGAGCAAUACCUGUUUUUAUUCCUCUAAGAUCUAAACCUAUUGAAGGGAGAAAAUGGUCUAGUUCUGACUGGACAUUAGAUCCUCAAGAACUGGCAAGUAAAUUUAGUUCCAAAACUAAAGCUAUUAUACUAAAUACUCCACACAAUCCCAUUGGCAAGGUGUAUACCAAAGAAGAACUCCAAAGGAUUGCUGACCUUUGCAUCAAAUAUGACACACUCUGCAUCAGUGAUGAGGUUUAUGAAUGGCUUGUAUAUACUGGAAAUAAGCAUUUAAAAAUAGCCACUUUUCCAGGUAUGUGGGAAAGAACAGUAACAAUAGGAAGUGCUGGAAAGACUUUCAGUAUAACUGGCUGGAAGCUUGGCUGGUCCAUUGGUCCUAGUCAUUUGAUCAAACAUUUACAGACAGUUCAACAAAAUACUAUCUAUACUUGUGCAACUCCUUUACAGGAAGCCUUGGCUCAAGCUUUUUGGAUUGACAUCAAGCGCAUGGACGACCCAGAAUGUUACUUUCAUUCUCUGCCAAAAGAGUUAGAAGUGAAAAGAGAUCGAAUGGUCCAUUUACUUGAAAAUGUUGGGCUAAAACCCAUAGUUCCUGAGGGAGGAUACUUCAUCAUUGCUGAUGUGUCUUUGCUAGAUGUAGACCUCUCUGAUAUGAAGAACAAUGAACCUUAUGACUAUAAAUUUGUGAAAUGGAUGACUAAAAAUAAGAAACUGUCAGCCAUUCCUGUUUCAGCAUUCUGUAGCACAGAGACCAAAUCACAGUUGGAGAAAUUUGUACGAUUUUGCUUCAUUAAAAAAGACAGUACACUGGAUGCUGCUGAAGAAAUCAUCAGGACAUGGAAUAACUAGAAAUUCUGUUAUUUACAGGCAGCAUUAAUUUUUUAGGUGACUUAUACGGAAUUGUUGCAUAGUGCUGACACCUGCUGGAUAUUGUACAACAAAUAUUUUAGUACAAAUGGAUAGUAAAGAAAUAUUUCCUCUGUUUUUCCAAAGAAGUUAACCCUACUACUAACAAUAUUAGAGAGACCUGAUUUUUUGUUUCAGUUGAAAUAUAUUAAAACAUCUUCUGUUACCAUUUUAUGAUAGCUAAGGUAGCACAGAAGAUAAGAAAUGUGAGAUGUGGGUUGAUACUGGUUAGGUUAUGAUGUGGCUUCAGUUCCCCAGUUAUAAAAGGGGAAUACAAAUAGCACCUUCCUCAUACGGUUACUUGUAUGGAUUAUAUGUACUAAUAUAUGUAAAGCCUGGCCAACAACAAACAACAAUUAAUGUCAGCUAUUGUCACUUCACUGUUGUGAAAAAACUAACCAGUUACACCCCCCUCUACUGUACAUCUUUGCUUUGUUUGCCUACCUGUUCCCUUUCCUUCAUUUAUCAGGGGCCUUGCACUAUGCUCACAGUGUUGCUCUCUGUCCCAAAUCCUGCCCUCAUUUGGGGUGACUUCGUGGUCCACAUGGGUUAACCAGGCUUUCCGUACCUUGACCUCCUCAGCUCUGGUGAUGUUCACUUCCACUCCACUUCAGUCCCACAUUCCCUUGGGUGCUCCCUGAGCCUUUCAUCAUUCAAGGCGGUUUCACUUUUCAGAUAAUAAAUUAGUCAUCUCACUCUAUAACCACCUGUCCUUCCAGCUCUCUGGUUCUCUCUCCCUCCCUCCCUUCCUGCCUCCUUCUCUCUUUCUCUCUCCUUCUCCUCCUCUACUCUCUCCUCCUCCUCCUCCUCUCAACAUUGCUUCUUUAAACUCACUAGAAUUUCAAAUCCACUAGCUUUCAAAAAAUGGUCCAUGGCCCUCUUACAUAAAAAUCAACUAGGAUCUCUGUUGAAAAUAUAGUUUCUGGUCUUCACCCCAGACCUAUUGAAUAAGAAGCCACCAAACUAAGAUGGGAAGGUGCCUGCCAUGUUUGAGAUUCUGUUAUGGGCAAGUGGAAUAAGCAAGAGAGUAGUAGGAUAUUGGGUGAGAGUAGUAACAGGAAAUCAAGGGCUACUGCAAGGAUGAUGGUUAGAUUCUGAGAAUAGGGGUGCCAUUACAUCUUUUCUUUAAUAUGUAAAAUAAUGUUAUUGCAGCAUGACAAACUAAAAACAACCCAUUUGUUCAUCAGCAGUCUAAUAUUUGGGAGGUGUAUUAACACAAUGGAAUACAAUGUAAUAAAAGUUAACAAACUGCAACUACACACAA